GGCGCCUUCCUUUCUCGAUUCCUCCCUAGUCCCCUCCCAAAACGAAAAGCUUCCCUCCGCACCAAACCAACCAAAACCCCCAAACCCUCGCCAUUCCUAGAGAACCCACAUCGCCUCGCUGACCACGCCGAGCGAUUCGACCCGCUGCGGUCGGCGGGCUCCUCAAUUCGCGAUCGGGUCCCGUGAUCCGAGCGCGAUCCCGCGGUUCGGUGCCGAAUUGGGGGGAGGAAUUUCAAGCGGCGUCGCAUAUCGCAAGCGCGGCUCCCCAGAAGCUUCUGGAACGUUCGACGGCCUCCUGCUCCGGCUCUCUCUCGGGGUUGCUUGACCAGGCCCGGGAUUUCGCGGGGAACCGGCGCGCGGCGGAUUUGGGGCGCGCACGGGGGAAGUCGAAAUGGCGGCGCGGCGCCGCCUCCUCCUCGCCGUGGCGGUGCUCUGCGCCGCGUUCGCCUCCGCCGCUUCCUUCACCGACCCCCCCGAUGCGAUAGGACUUUGGGGGUUAUAUCGCACAUUAGAGUCGCCAUGGCAGCUUUCUGGUUGGACAUUCCAGGGCGGUGACCCUUGCGGCGGGGGUGGUGGGCGUCGACAGUGGCGAGGCGUCUUUUGCAAGGGAUCCUCUGUUGUCGCAAUAAAUAUUAGCGGGCUCGGAGUUGGUGGAUGGCUUGGCCCAGAGCUGCUCAAGUUUCAGUCCUUGAAAAAACUGGAUUUGAGCUUCAAUAACAUUUCUGGUGAAAUCCCACCCACUUUGCCCCCAAAUGUGGAAUACUUAAAUUUGGCAGCCAACAAGUUUGAAGGGAAUAUGCCAUCAACAUUGCCAUGGUUGCACUCCCUGAAAUACCUGAACUUCAGCUACAAUAAACUCUCUGGAAUUAUUGGUGAUGUUUUUGUUAACAUGGAUAGCUUAGAAACGAUGGACUUGUCAUUCAACGCUUUCAGUGGUGACCUACCAAGAUCGUUUAGCUUAUUGACAAACCUUCGCUACCUUUACCUACAUCAUAACGAGUUCACAGGAUCUGUGAUUUUGUUAGCAGGCCUUCCACUGUCAUCCCUCAACAUUGAAAAUAAUCACUUCAGUGGUUAUGUUCCUGGAACAUUUGAGUCCAUUCCUGAGCUGAGGAUUGAUGGAAACCAGUUUCAACCUGGUUUCAGACAUGCAUCGUCCUCAUUUACAAAGAGGGCUCAUUCACCUCCACCUCAGUCUUUGUCUCCAUCUCUACCACCACCUCCACCUCCACCUCCACCAUUUCCACCAGCAGCUAAGCAGAAUCCAAAGCACAGGCCAAAAUUUCCAAAGCCUUCUUUGGGGUAUUCUUCUCUGCAAAGUAAUAGCCACCAUAGGAAGUCACACUCUCGAGUAACAGCUGCUGCAGUAGCUAGUGCCACAUGUACAGUGUUUGUACUCCUCAUUGUUGGAUUUGUCCUGAAAAGUUGGAAAAGCUGUUCAACGAGCCCUAAGAGCACCUCUAACCGCGCCAAGACUUUCCCAGCUAAUAUGGAAGCAGUCCCUAAAGCAAAUGAGGUCCUGUACUCUUGGAGUUCUCUAUUGAUUGGCAGUGAUCCUUCCUCAAGUAAUGGCAUUACAUCUGAUAGAGUUCCCAAAAUAAAAAGUUGGCCCAAGACAUCUAAAAAUCUUCUAACUGCAAAACAGUUUCCAGCUGCUGACAUUCUGGCAGCUACCAGGGACUUCAAUGAAGAAUGCCUAAUCGGUGAAGGUUUCACUGGCCGAGUUUACAGAGGUGAUUUUUCUGAUGGUCAGCUCCUGGCUAUCAAGAAGAUUGACAUGGUAGAUCUAUCAUUAUCAGAACAAGAUGAAUUGAUGGACAUGCUUUGGAAUAUCUCCAGAUUAAAGCACCCCAACAUCUGUGCGCUUGUGGGAUAUUGUGUGGAGUUUGGACAUUGUGCACUUCUAUUUGAGUAUGCAGAAAAUGGCUCUCUUGAUGAUAUUUUAUUUUCAGCUGCCACAAGAUCCAGGGCUUUAUCAUGGAAAGCUCGGAUGAAGAUUGCCCUUGGAGUUGCCUAUGCUCUGGAAUACAUGCACUUGACGUGUUCCCCUCCAGUUGCUCAUGGAAAUAUUAAAGCUAGAAAUAUUUUGCUUGAUGCUCAACUCAUGCCCUACCUCUGUGACAGCGGAUUAACCAAGUUAAGGCAUUUUGUCAGCACCGCGGGAACGAAGGAUUCAGAAGCUAUCACCAGUGCUAAAGGCUAUGCUGCCCCUGAGCUUACUAAUCCAGGAGCAGAUGGCAUCAAAGCUGAUAUUUACAGUUUUGGUGUGAUUUUACUUGUGCUUUUGACUGGGCAAAAGGCUUUUGACAGUUCAAGGAAGCAAAAUGAGCAGUUUCUAGUAGAUUGGGCAUCUCCUCAUCUCGAUGACCUUGAUUCUUUGGAAAGAAUAACUGAUCCAAGAAUAAGCGGCUCUAUGCCACCUAAAGCCAUUUCUUCAUUAGGCAUCAUCAUCUUGCUUUGCAUCAAGUCACCAGAUCUCCGCCCGCCGAUGACAAUCAUAGCAGACAAAUUAGUAAAACUUGUCGAAUCAACAGGUCUUCAAAAGACUAGCACAACACAGCGAUUGGAGGUUGAUGCUCAGGACCCCUCUUUCGUAACAACUAGACCUUACUUUGAGCCAUCCUCUACUGUCAGCCAGGGAGGAACUGAGAGCUGCAUCUCCCGAUGAUGAAGGCCUGCUCUUCGCCAAUCAUUCCCGGUCUCAUGCUGCCUUAUCUACUCAAUAGCACUUCCAAGUAUCUUACCAAUGCCAGUUGGUUCAUCAGUGCGUGAUGCCCAAAGCUGCUGUGUUGCAUCCUGAUUACCAGAGGACUUCGGGUAGAUUCCACUAUUGUCUACAUAAAAAGGAGUGAUCAACAAACUGCAGUCUCUAACUCAUGCAGAAAUUGGUGCAAGCUUGGUUACCCGUACAGCCAUGACUUACGGGUUCAGGAUUCUUACCCCAUCUCUUUGGAACCGGAGUCAUCAGUGAACUCCAUAUGGAGAUAGAUAUUUUGGAUGCUCUUUUGUAGUUUGUCCAGGAUCUCCCAUUGGCUGGUCCAGGCUUCACUUGCUGUACAGCAAGGCAGCCUGAUCUAUGGUCGCUGUCUGUGAAACUGUGAAGAUGAGACGUUUGCUAGACAUUAGCUUCCAAGUUCCAGCGGCAUCCGAUCUGGCUUGGUCCAGAACCGCUCAUGAUGCCACUGUGGGCUCACAUGUUUUCCUGUGAAUAUUUUUGGAUGCUACGUGCUUGCCUGCAGGUCCUCUGUUCUGCUCGUGAUGCUAUGGAGAAAUUUGACCAACCUGCCGUUGUGUAUUCUGUUAAAGGGAAAAUUAGUUUCGUAGCACUGAAACAUCGCUAUAUCUGGAAAAUAGCAUCAAACUAGAUGCUACAAGUUGGUAAGUCUA